GGGCCGGCGAUCGCAGUCCCGGACGCUGGAUGCUCCGCUGCCCGCCGCCGCCGCCGCCGCCGCCGCCCGGUGGACCGCAGAAGUCUUCUGCGAUGCAAGCAGAAUGAGGCGUAAGCUGUCCGCGCCGGUCUUCAAGAACCGGGCUCCGUGCCCACUGACCCCCGCUGGGCUGGACGCCCCUGCGUGCACUUGACCUGCAGCCUUGGGAAAGGUGGUUUUGAAAAAAAAAUCAUCACUCUUUGGAUGUGAGAAAGGACAUGAGGAGACUAAGGACUUGGGAUUUUACUGAUCAGAAUGAAACCAAUGUUGAAAGACUUUUCAAAUCUACUCUUGGUGAUGCUCUGUGACUAUGUCCUUGGGGAAGCUGAGUAUCUCCUCCUGGCAGAGCCGGGGCAUGUAGCGCUAAGCAACGACACGGUGUCUGUGGAGUUCCAGUUUUUUGACGAUGCCAAUGGCACGCUGAGGAAUGUGUCCGUUCUGCUGUUGGAGGCCAAUACCAAUCAGACUGUCACCACCAAGCACCUCCUUACCAACCAGUCCCGGGGAACACUGGAGUUUGAGUGUUUCUAUUUCAAAGAGGCUGGGGACUACUGGUUCAGGAUGACUCCAGAAGUGACGGACAAUAACACUCAAGACCCCUGGUGGGAGAAAAGUGCCUUUCUGAAGGUGGAAUGGCCUGUCUUCCACGUUGACUUGAAUAGGACAGGCAACAGGGCAGAAGGCACCUUCCAAGUGGGCCUUUUCACCGCUCAAUCUCUCUGCCAGUUUCCUGUGGACAAGCCUGACAUGUGGGUGGACGUUGUCUUUACUAACAGUCUUCCUGAGACAAGAACAAGUCCGGGGAAGCCCCUGGAAGUCAGAACUAGCAAAAGGACGGAGCUCAGUCAAGGGCAGUGGGUUGAGUUUGGCUGUGCCCCCGCGGGGCCAGAAGCCUACGUCACGGUGGUGCUGAAGCUGUUUGGCCAAGACUCGAUCAUCACUUCCACGGGACCCAUCGACCUGGCGCAGAAAUUCGGGUAUAAACUGGUGAUGGCACGGGAAGUCAAGUGCGAGUCUGGGGUGGAGGUGACGGUGUUGCCCCCUCCGUGCGUCUUUGUCCAAGGAGCGGUUGCUGUUUUCCGGGAAGCCCCCCGACACCUGGGGGAGAGGACUGUUCAGCUGGCCGAAAACAGCCUGCCCCUGGGAGAGAGCAGAACAGUGUUUAACUGCACUUUGUUUGACAUGGGGAAGAAUAAGUACUGCUUUAACUUCGGGGCUUCGAGGAGAAGCCGCUUUCCUGCAAAGGAAAAGGAGUGCAUGGUAAUUCAGAGAAGCAUAGAAACUUGGGGACCAUGGCAGCCGUGGAGCCAGUGCAGCGCCACGUGUGGGGACGGUGUCAGAGAGCGUCGCCGUGUGUGUCUCACCUCCUUCCCCUCCAGACCCAGCUGCCCGGGCGUGUCCUCAGAGACCUCUCUGUGCUCCCUGGAGGAGUGUGCUGCUUUCCAGCCGGCCAGCCCAUCACCUCUUCCACCCCAGGGUCCAGCAAAGUCCAACAACAUCGUGACGGUCACCGGGAUAUCCCUUUGCUUGUUCAUCAUCGUGGCCACCGUGCUCAUCACGCUGUGGAGGAAGUUCGGCCGAGCCCCCAAGUGCAGCACCCCUGCCCGGCACAACUCCAUCCACAGCCCGGGCUGCAGGAAGAACUCGGACGAGGAGAACAUCUGCGAGCUGAGCGAGCCGCGCGGGAGCUUCUCGGAUGCGGGGGACGGUCCGGGGGGCAGCCCGGGGGCCGCGGGCAUCCCGCUGACCCUCAGGCGCAGCACGCCGGCCACUGCCGAGGACGAGGCCUCGGGCAGCGAGAGCUUCCAGUCCAGCGCGCAGAAGAUCAUCCCUCCGCUGUUCAGCUACCGCCUGGCCCAGCAGCAGCUGAAGGAGAUGAAGAAGAAAGGGCUGACGGAGACCACCAAGGUGUACCACGUGUCCCAGAGUCCCCUGACGGACACGGCCAUCGACGCGGCCACCAGCCCCCCCUUGGACCUGGACAGCCCCGAGGAAGCGGCUGCAGCCAAUAAAUUCCGCAUCAAGGCCCCGUUCCUGGACCCGGCGGCCGCGGACAGGCCUCCAUCCAGGCUGGACGUGAGCCUCGCAGUGUCCCCGCAGGCCAGCUCGGCCAUCAGCCCCAGCCAGACCCUGAUCCGCAAGUCUCAGAUGCGGCACCACCGGGCGGGCUCCUCGGACAGGGGCCCGUCGCGGAGCUCGCACUUCAGGAGGACGGCCAGCUUCCACGAGACCAAGCAGGCCAGGCCAUUCCGGGAGAGGAGCAUGUCCACCCUGAGCCCGCGCCAGGCCCCCAGCUACGGCUGCAGGAUGCGGGCCUGGGACCAGGCAGAGGAGCGGUGCCGGCCUCCCAGCCGGGGUGCCUUCUUGCAUCCCGACAAACCCGAGCAUUUCCCGGGAGCCAGCGGGUCACUGAGCCCUCUCCCUAAGCCCUACGCUGCAGGGCAGCACGCCAGGAAGCCAGACCUGGGGGAUCGCCAGACAGGAGCCCGCAGGGGACCGUCCCCCAGUCACAGGAGCAUCUCAAGGAAACAGUCGUCCCCUACUUUCCCCAAAGAUAGCUACCAGAGAGUCAGUCCACUGAGCCCCUCUCAGUGCAGGAAAGACAAGUGCCAGAGUUUCCCCGCGCACCCCGAGUUCGCCUUCUAUGACAAUACGUCGUUUGGCCUCACUGAGGCGGAGCAGAGGAUGCUGGACCUCCCGGGAUAUUUUGGGUCAAAUGAGGAAGAUGAAACCACAAGUACACUCAGUGUGGAGAAACUAGUGAUCUAGGCUCAAGAAUCUACCAGAGACUACAGCCUGGGGUCCUACAGCUCACAUUUUUCUGUGGUCUAUUUUGUCUGUAUAAUAGGACAAACCUUCCUGUUAUAUGCGUGUGUAUGCAUGUGUUUUAAUUCAUAAGGGAGAAGUUAUUUAUCCUGAACUUUCCCUUUUCUUACCCGUUUUCUAUCUGCUGGUUACUAAUCACAAUAAUAAAAUUUAAACCAAA